AUGCCACAUCACGAACAGAAGGACCCAAAGGACUCAACGAGAGUCCCAAACACCCAUUCACAAAUAGUCGAGCAAAAGACGAGACUGCCGAAAUGUCCAAGUACCCGUGAUGUAGGUGCAUGUGUGUCACUGACAAAACUUCAUCAGUAUGCAACAAGGAAAAAAUUUGGAAAACUGAGAACUGAGACAAAAAAAGAUCAAAAUCCAACCAGUAAAGUGACAGUAUUAGUAUAUAUGAUAAGACAAUCCAGUCAGCCCUGUACAAUCAAUUGCAGAAAUUUGAUUGAAAAUUCAAACACAUUUAUUCCUCAUGUGUUAGAUGUACACCAAUAUAAAGCAUGUGUCUGUUUGGAUACAAAGUUGUAUUUAAUACUUUUCGGAGGUGAUGAAGAUAAUGAAUGUGCUUGUCAUUGCAAUAAAUGCUUUUCAAAAGAUACACAGAAAGGCUGUGAAUAUAAUUGCGGGAGCAAGAAUAGAGUCAGUUGUGGAAAAGUAUUGUCUUUAUAUCCUAAAACAAGUCUACCUGAUUCAAUAAUAGUUUCUAAAACACAGAAAAAGUAUGCAAAGAUUUCAUUUGUCAUUGUCAUGGUCCUUUGUCUAUUGAUAGUUUUUUUCAUUGUUCAAUGGAAAAAGAUUAAAACAUGGAAGUGGUCAUUUAUUAAAAAGGAAAACCUAAUGAUAUUAAAUAAAAGUGAAAUUCAAAAUACAAGUGAAAUUCUAAAUGAAGAUGUAAUUCAAAUCAAAAUUCAAAAUAAAGGAGAAAUUGAAAGAGAAUUUCAAAAUGAAGGUGUAAUUCAAAGAGAAAUUCGUAAUAAAGGAGAAAUUCAAAGAGCAAUUCAAGAUGAAGGUGAAAUUCAAAGAGCAAUUCAAGAUGAAUGUGUAAUUCAAAGAGCAAUUCAAAAUGAAUGUGUAAUUCAAAGAGCAGUUCAAAAUGAAGGUGAAAUUCAAAGAGCAAUUCAAGAUGAAGGUGAAAUUCAAAGAGCAGUUCAAAAUGAAGGUGAAAUUCAAAAUGAGGGUUAUAGUGAAAAAAAAGUUGACAAAAAGGACACUUGGCUACUUAAUAAAGGAUGGGAAAUGAUAAAAAGUGUUGAAGUCUUCUGUGGCAAUGCAACUACAAUUCAAGAACCUGUGCCAGCAAGAUUGCUUGGAAUGACAAAGCAAGAAACCAAUAACACUGCAAGAUUUAUCAGUCCUUUGAAGAGUGUUGAAAUAGAUACAAGUCCUCAUUUUUGUCUACUUUGCAAAGACUUACCAACUUCCUUUGGAUUGUUUUUGUGUAUGCAAGAAAAAUAUAAAUCAAAUAUGCAAAAGGAAUUCUCCCAUGAUGUUGAGUUUAUAUUUCAAUAUAAUGAUUCAGAACAUAAAACAUUUGAAGAAGAAGACAUUGUUACAGAUACAAAUAACUUUAUUGAAAUUCAUAGUUCUAGAUAUACAACAGAAUUUACUUCAACCGAGAAUGAAGAGUUAAAUAAUCAAAAAGUAUUGAUAGGGUCUCUUGAAAAUGGAUUUGGUGUUAAGUUAGGGAACAACAAUAGGGAAAGUAGUGGUUCUGUAUCCAGAGAUAUUCACAGGUCAUACCGAUUAUCAACUCAUUGUCCGGUUCGAGGAUAUGACUGUAAUUCAGUGCGAAAGCUUAGAGUGCAAGUUGUUCCAAAUCAAUUGUUACAAUCUGAAGAGCAGUGUGAUGUCAAAGUUGUUCAAGGUGCAAGUUCAAAGCCAUGGGAAAUAAAUCAAAACAAUGAUAUCUUUUUCAAUCUGAAAUAUAAAGUGAAUGUAGAAGAAUCGCCAAAGAAGAAAAUUGACUGCACAUUGCAAGAAGAGGCCUUUGAUGACACAAUGUUACUGAGAGGAAUAACAUGGUUGCCAAUAAAUCAGCUACCAGUACCUGAAAUAGAUUUAACAGUUGCACACCUUACAAAUUUUGAACCUAUAAUGGAAAUUAUUGACCUAAUUGCUGCAGGAACACCACCCACACCACACAUCUCUAUGAGGUAUGAACUUCUUCGUUUCUGUACCUUACGUAGCUAUCCGAAGGAAGACAAACCAUAUCUAAUCAAGUUAGCUGAAGCUGGUUUUUAUUAUGCAUCAGAUGGUGAUGGUGUUGUCUGCUAUUGUUGUGGAAUUCGUAGAUAUAAUUGGACAGCAGAAGAUAACCCUAAGAAAAUUCAUGAGAGAAUUAACCCAAGCUGUAAGUUCUUGAGAAAAAAUGAAGAAGUGAAUGUACCAGUGCAGUACUUUGGACCAUACAGUAAAGAAUUAAUGGCUAUUAUGGAGAUACCUGAACCUAUAGAAAGACCUCAGGUCAGUGAAGAUGUUAAUAAUGACUGGGCUCCUGAGAGAAUUCGUACUCCAGCAUCACAACAACCAAACAGACCUAAUGAAUCAGGGACAAAUGCACUUGGUAUAAAUACAGCUAUACCUAAGCAUUCUCAGUAUGCUACAAAGACAGCUAGAGAAGCUAGUUAUAGUACAUGGCCUGAUACAUCCAGCCAUACACCAGAGGUACUUGCUGAUGCAGGCUUCUUCUAUGCUGGUUUUGGAGAUUGUGUCCGAUGUUUCUAUUGUGGCAUUGGAUUGCGUCAUUGGACAGCAGAAGAUGACCCUUGGAUAGAGCAUGCUCGGUGGUCCAAGAACUGUGUAUUUGUCAAACAGAAGAAAGGAGAAGAGUUUGUGAACCUUGUCCAGUUAGCUGUACAAUAUUCUCAAGAUAAUGAAGCUAACCCCAGUGGACAGAACCAACUGCAGUCACAAGAAAUAGAGAGACUUUUACUGUCUGAUGCUGCCCAGAGUGUACUGGAAAUGGGAUAUCAGCCAAGAUUAAUUAAAAAAUCCAUAGAAGAAAUUUUAAAACAAAAUGGUGAUACAAAUAUCACUGCUCAACUUCUUAUGGAAAAGGUUUUAGAGAUCGAGGAAUCAGAGAAUCGUUCACAAUCUGCACCACAAGCUACUGCUACAAUAACAAGCUCAGCAACAGUAGCACAAGCUACUGCUACAACAACAACAAACACAGCAACAGCAGUACAAGUCAAAACUCGAACAGGUAAACCAGAAAUAACCAAACCUGGAGAAAGUAAAGAAGCUAAAACUAAAAGUAAGGCAGAAAAGAAGCCAGGAAAAUUUGAUGCAUCUAAAGAAAACAAAAGCAAAGAGAAAAAAGAGGACAAAGGUAAAGAGGACAAAGGUAAAGAGGACAAAGAUGAGUCCCAAGAGGAUCCAAAGGCCAUAAAGAAGGAGAAUGAAGAGUUAAAGGAGCAAACAUUAUGUAAAGUUUGUUUAGAUAACACAGUUUGUAUUGUGUUUUUGCCUUGCGGGCAUUUAGUUACCUGUGCCGAUUGUGCUCCAGCCAUGAGAAAAUGUCCUAUUUGUAGAGCACUUGUUAAGGGCACAGUUAGAACAUAUAUGUCAUAAGUUACGAUAUCUUAAUGUUAACAUAGUUGGAAUACUAUUGAUAAUCGCUACAGAAAGUUUAUCGUGUUUUCUUAACAUGUACAUGGUGUAAACUGUAAACAGUAAUUGAGAAGUGAGUUCUAUGAAGUGUUGAAAUAUUGCUUUGUUCUUUUUAGCUCACCUGUCACAAAGUGACAGGGUGAGCUUUUGUGAUCGCUUUUCAUCCGGCGUCCGUCCGGCGUCUGUCGUCCGUCCGGCGUCCGUCUGUCCUUAAACUUUUACUUUAAAUGACAUCUCCUCAUAAACCACUAAGCCAAUUUCAUCCAAAUUUCACAGGAAUGUUCCUUUGGUGGUCACCUUUAAAAAUGUUCAAAGAAUUUAAUUCCAUGCAGAACUCUGGUUGCCAUGGCAACGGAAAGAAAAAACUUAAAAAAUCUUCUUUUAAAGAACCCAAAGAGCUAGAGCUAAGAUAUUUAGCAUGAAACAUGUUCUAAUGAGUGUCUACCAAGUUUGUUCAAAUAAAAGCCCUAGGGUCAAAAUUGGCCCCACCCCAGGGGGUUAUUGAUUUUCCCUAUAUCCAUAUAGUAAAAACUUAAAAAAUCUUCUUUUAAAGAACUCAAAGAGCUAAAGCUAAGACCUUUAGCAUGAAACAUUUUCUAAUGGGUGUCUACCAAGUUUGUUCAAAUAAAAGCCCCGGGGUCAAAAUUGGCCCCGCCCCGGGGGUUGAUUUUCCUAAUAUGUGUAUAGCAAAAACUUAUAAAAUCUUCUUUGAAAAAACCCAAUGAGCUAGAGCUUAGAUGUUUAGCAUGAAACAUCUUCUUAUUGAUGUCUAAUAAAAGCCCUUGGAUUAAAAUUGGGGGGGGGGGGGGGUAGAUCGUUGUUUUUCAUUAUAUGUGUGUAGUAAAAACUUAACAUCGUGAAACAUCUUCUAAUGGGUGUCUUCCAAGUUUGUUCAAAUAAAAGCCCUGGGGUUUAAACAGCCCAGCUCUGGGUGCCUUUAUAUAGUUGAGCAACCUCAGGGCCAUCAUGGCCAUCUUGUUUCAAAUCCAUGUUCUACCCACUUUUCAUUACAAAGUCAGACAUCAAUGUGCAUUAUUUUCCACUACAAUUGAAAAUUGUGUAUGAGCACUGCAGUUUUUAUCCCCCGCCGAUGGAAUCGGGAGGGGGAUAUAGUUUUGGCGUUGUCCGUCCGUCCUUCCGUCCGUCCGUCCGUCCAUCCAUCUGUCCGUCGGAAUUUCGUUUCCGGAGUAGUUCUCUGCAACUACUGGCUGGAAUUCAACGAAACUUUAUGGGAAUCAUCAAUAUCAAGAGGAGAUACGCAUAUCGUCGGCUUGUUCCGGUCCGACCCUUUAAUUCAGAGUUAUGGCCCUUGAUUAGUUAUGUAGUAUGCAUAUAGAGUAAAAUCGUUUCCGCACUACUUCUCUGCAAAGUUCUACUGGCU